AUGACGGAGCCCAACCAGGAGCGUGUGGUUACGCUAGGCCGAGACGGCGCAGCUGGCGGAAAGACGCCAUCUGCGAGGCGGCGCUCCGGAAACGCAAGUUCGGUUGCAUGCGUUAUGUAUCGAGUCCACGAAGCGGCCGCGUCUGGCGGCGUCGACAUCUGCCCGUCGCACCUGCCGGGGUUUUUACCACUCCGCCACACACGACAGCGACGAGUUUGCCGGAAAGGCUCUGCUGCCCUGGUGGAUUUCGCGACGAAAUGUAUGACUUUUACUGGAGAAGAAAAUGCGUGUAUGGGAUAUCGCCUUCAAUUAGUGUCUGAA